AUGGCUUUACUGAGAGCCUACCACUCUCAGCGGUUCUGUCGCGUGGCGGUCCGCGGCGCCCGAAGCGGCGGCGGCAUCCUCCGGCCGGCGCACCUCUCGACGAGCUCAUUUGCUCGACACCAAGCAGUGCUGGACUUGAGCCCCGAUGCAGCGCCGAACCUCACGAAGGAAACACAAGUGCCGAAAGAUGUCGCAGUUAUCGGCGGCGGGAUCACGGGCCUGACAACGGCGCACUACCUAGCGAAGCUGCUUCCCGAGACGUCCAACAUCACCGUGUUCGAGGCGGCAGACCGGCUGGGCGGGUGGAUCGAUACGCAGGAGGUCGAGGUCGACGUGAAAGGUCAGAAGAACGUUGUGCGCUUCGAGCGUGGGCCGCGGACGCUGCGCGGUAUGGGGAAAGAUACGUGGAGGUUUGACGAUUUCGUCCUCUUUGACCUGUUGAGAGAUCUCGGCAUGCACAGCGAGUAUCUUGGCAUAAAGUCACCGCCGCGCUACAUCUUCUACCCGGACCACCUCGUCAACAUGCACCCGAAGAACGUCUUUAGCGAAGCCGCCUUCAAGGGCGUCAUCCCGGGCUUCUUGACUCUUCUCUGGCGUCGUGCCAAGGCCCGCCGCGAGCCUGUCCCAUCGGACAUGUCGGUCGCCGACUUUAUACGCUUCGCCACGGGCCGCACCGAGUUAACAGACAACCUCGCUUCGGCCAUGAUCCACGGUAUCUGGGGUGGCGACGCCGACCGACUGAGCAUGCGCAGCUUCAUGCCCGGGCCGUGGUGGCGCUUCUUCCUGAAGGGAGAGCGUGACGACUGGGUCACUGUCCCGCGCAACGAGGAGAGCGUACUGGAGACGUUGGCUCAGGAUAAGGAGCUUCAGGGUUACGCGCGGGCUGCGCACAAGGAUCAGCUCGUGUUUUUUGAAAAGGGGUUGAGCAGCCUGCCAAACGCUCUUGAGAGGGGGCUGAGGCAGAAGAAGAACGUCACAUUCAAGUUGGGUGAGCCUGUGACGAACCUGGGCUACGACCGCAAGACCGCCCAAAUAUCGGUAAAAACUACACCCUCUCCUUUCUUUCCAAGAUUCCAAUACUCGGCGUCAACUAACACGCUGUCUCCCGCCCCUCAGCUUUCGACAAAGAAUUCCAAAUUUCCGACAAAGUUCGACAAAGUCAUAUCUACGACAACUAGCAACACACUCGCCGCCGUGUCUAAUAACGCCCUCCCCUCCCUCGCCGACUCUCCCAACGUGUCCAUCAUGGCCGUGAACCUCUGGUACCCGCAGCCUGGUCUGAACGCAUCCCACCCUGGCGUCGGCUACCUGGUCCCGCGCGCCGUCGACACGAACCCGGAGGGCCUUCUCGGCGUCUUCUUCGACUCGGACGUCGUGCCACGCGCGCCUUCGGAGCCCGAAGGCACCAAGUUCUUCGUUCUCAUGGGCGGUCACUACUGGGACAAGCGUACCACCUACCCGACUGAGGAGGAGGGUGUCGAGAUGGCCAAGUCGGUCCUCGAGCGCCACCUUGGUAUCCCCAAAUCCCAACCCGCUUUCGCUAUGGCAAGACUCGCAAAGGACUGCAUCCCGCAGCACCACGUCGGCCACGGCGACCGCAUGGGUCGCGCCGCCCAGGAGUUGUACACUGCCUACGGCGGAAAGCUCGCCGUUGCAGGCGGGUCGUACACUAGCAUCGGCGUCACGGGCGGCAUCCGCGCUGGCUACGACGUGGCUGUGCACAUUGCUCAGUCGGCGCAGGUGCACGUCGGCGACACCGGUCUCGCUCAGUUCCAAGAUCGGCAGAUGGACCUAGUCCAGGUGCCGCGGGGGCGCUUGAAGUCCAUUGGGCGCGAUAUCGAGGAGAAGAUCGGUUGGAGGAACUACCUCCGCUAA